CAAUAAAAGGCUGGGUGCCGUACAGCGGCCCGCCCGUGUCGCUGAAAGCAGGGCGCUCCCGCAUCUGAAGCCGAUAGAGGACAUACACACACCUGAAGCGUAAAAGUGAGCAGGGGACACCUUCUCGGCAUCAUGGGCUCGUCUUCCUCCAGUCUCCUGGAUGAGAGCAGAUCCAACUACAUCAGAGGCCAGACAGAGGCCAAGCUGAAGAACUUCAGCCCUCACUACAGGCGUCAGUACCUGGUGACCUUCUUCUCCCAGGUCCAGGAUGAGGUGGAGCAGCACAAGACAGGCCAGCCGCAGCUCCUGAAGCGGCGGGAAGCCCCAGAGGAAUCUGAGGUCAUCUACAAGGAGACUGUGCUGCACUUUGAUGACACCAGGAAGUGGAAGGAGAGGCUUGUGGUGGUGCGAGCCGACUACAGCCUCGAGUGUCACGACAGUCAUGAGACCUUCACAAAAGGUGCUCCCCCGCGAUACAAACUCCAGCCAACAGGAGGCACUGUUCUGACAUCAGAAGAGAAAUAUAUGGCCAUGGUGGACAAGGCCUUCCCUGACCCCAACAGCACCAAGGAGGAACCAGCUGCCCCCCUGGUGGCAAUGCCUGGUCCGUUCCCCGUCUACCUGCAGCUGCCUUACUCCAAACACGCCUAUUUCUGCUUCGACCAGGAGGACCGCCGGGUGCCCUUUGUGUCCGUGCUCAACGACUGCAUCCGACACCAGAACCACGACUUCCUGAAGAAGACAACGUGUGAAGUCCAAGCCUUCGUGAGAGCAGUCCAACUGCACAGACAGGAGAAGGGUCACUAUGAAUCAUGGGAUAUGCUGACUGGCAGCGACGUGCAGGUGCUGGCCAACCUGGUGAUGGAGGAGCUGGUGCCCACGCUGCAGACUGAGAUAGUGCCUCGGCUGAAGGGAAAGAAGAUGGAGAGGAAGAGAGUGUGGUUUGCGACAGUGGAAGCGGCCUACCUUCUGGUUCAGGAGCAGCUGUCGGAGGGUCUGGCCUCCCUGAAGGAGGAGUGCUCCUCUGAUGCAAAAAAACAGGAGGCCCAAAUUCGUGAGAACAUGGACCAGAUCGUCAACUCCAAAAACUUCCUGGCUGGCAAGCUGGAAGCCACGGUGUCAGAAGCGGUACGGAAGUUCUGCGCCGAGAGCGUGCAGCCGUACCUGUCGUCCAUCCUGGAGGAGCUGAUGGGUCCCAUCAGCCUUGGCUUCCAGGAAGCGCGUCUGCACUGUGAGAGGGCAAUGGACCGACUCUGCCAGGAAGUUCAGGAGAAGGGGGCUCCUGCAGACCUAAAAGGGGCCCUGGACAAACUGGGGAGGGAAGGACUGCAGGACUGUCACCAGCACUUGGAUGUCCUCACAGUGCAACUCCAGGAACUCCGCAACCGCUUUAAGUUCUCCAAUGUCGCACGCCUGGUGCACUGUGCCCUGAUUGACAUACAACAGCUGAUGGAAAAUGCAGCGUACACCUUCGAGAUCCUGCUCAGCGCAGCUCUUAAGGGCAACCCGGCCAAUCCCGCCUCUGACAUAGAGAAAGUCAAACACAGGGUUCUGAAGCAAUAUGACUAUGACAGCAGUACAGUGAGGAAGAGGAUCUUCCAGGAGGCCCUGGUGGACGUCACCCUGCCUGCCAUCCAGAGGAAUUUGGCCCCCACUUACAAACUGGAGCUGCAGAAGUUUGACCAGUACAUCUUUGCCGACUGCACAAACUUCAUACAAGUGGAAAAUGUCUACGAGGACAUUCUCCUGCAAAUUCUUGAGGGCGAAAUAAGCAAAGUGGUGAAGGAGGCAGCUAAAAUGAAGAAGCACAACCUGUUUGUGGACAGCACCGACCACCCCUUCGUCAGCCAGGGUAGCCUGAGCGACAGCCGCACUCCGCCUACGUCCUCCCCUGCCAGUCCAGCUAAAACAGUCACCUCACAAAGACCGGCACCCACAUCGCCGCUCCUGGGAAACGGGGGGCCUGUGAGCCAACAGCAGGAGGUUACGCCAAUCACAGCCAAAGAGGCCGAUGCAGAGACUCCAGGCCCCGCCCCGGACGCUGAAGGCUCCGCCCUAGAUGCUGAAGGCCCCACCCUGGACGCUGAAGGCCCCGCCCCAGACGCUGAAGGCUCCGCCCCAGGCUCUGAGGUCACCGCCCAAGCAGAACAUGUGGUGGAGCACAUUGCAGCACUCAGCAUAAACUGUGCUGGAACUGAUACAGAUGGGAUGAUAGAGGACAGGGUGAUGGCUACAGCCCAACAGCAGGUGACAGACAGAGCGGUCUACCUUAGAUGUCCGGCAGAGAUUAAGGAAGGCAGCAUCGUAGGCAUGGAUGGACCUGUAGGGGUAGAAGAUGGUACCGUCAUGGCUGGUCAUGUCAAGGUUAAAGACAAUGGUUCAGGAGUCAACGAUUCCCUGCCUGGAAAAGACGGCACUGUAUUCAAGUCUGAAGUGGAAAUAAGAGAAAGUACUGAGGAACGCUCAGCAGAGGUAAAAGAAAAUGGUAAAAAACCCCAAGAAGGACUGGAAGACAAUCCCUCUCUGGAGAGUGGUACAGUCCAUCAUGUACCCUGUGUGGAGGAAGACAGUGGUAUAGUCCAUAAUGAACUCUGUGCGGAGACAGUGUGUGUGACGGAUCUAUUUACCACUCCAGCUGCUGAAUCAAAUUCAGAAGCCAGCAGUGAUCCCAGCAAAGAGGUCACAGGUCACCUGGAUUCUUGCAUCACGAACACUGGAGAUUCUGGAGGAACAGCUCUGGUUUCCCAAGAUGCUGACAGUACUGGGAGCAACGGUGUGUCAGGUACUACUGACCAAGCACUGCAGGCGGGAGAGCCAGCCGUCACGUCCCAUUCAGAAGUGGAGCCAGCAGGGGGCGCCUGCGAUCCAUCCAAGGCAAACGUUUCUGCCGACGACAGCUCUGACCCUGCCGAGGAGAAGCUGCCCCUGGACAGCAUCAAAGGCAUCAGAGAUUUGGUGGUAGAGAUAAUCGAGGUGGAAGAGUUAGUGCAGAGGAACCCAGACAAUGACCAGGUGUAGGCUAAGCCCAACCACUGAAAACACACAUAUCGCCGCCACAUCCGAAAAAAAUGAGCAACAAAGACUGGAGAAUUCUACAGGGGUUUGGCCAACCCAUCUCAAGUAAUCCAAGUACAUCUAACCUGUUGUAAAAACACACACGUUUCCUUAAUGUAGUUCCAGUAAUUCAGACAUACAUGCUUGUUUUUUUUAAACUGGCUUAAUCUAAUCGACUAGUCACUACAUGAGUACUGCCAUACAAAAGCAGAAUUAACAUUUACUAAACCUUGUGGACGUUUUUUUGUCAUGUUUCCAUGUCAUUGUGGCAUUUUGUUUUUUUGAGAUACCCCCCCCCCCCCCCACGCACCCCAAACUGUUACGUGGAAACUGUAAAGCCAGAUUUCUCAGCAGGAAGUUAAACAUUUAGACAGCUCCAGUUUCGGCACAUGGUGACGUCCACAACAACACUAUAGUGAAACUGCACACGUAUUUUGGAACAGAGAAAUUCACAGUAAAAAUAUUUUACAUUGAAAAAGUAUUGUAGAAAAAUUAAACUUCUAAAAAAAAUACAUUGAGGAUACGUUGCAGAAAACUGGAGUCAGUAAAUACUCUUUUAAACAAA